AUGGCAAACAACAUAAGAGAGGACAUUAAGAAUGAUUAUGGCAUUGAGUUGUCAUAUGGAAAAGCUUGGAAAUGCCGAGAGAAGGCUCUUUCUUAUGUCAGAGGGACACUAGAAGCAUCAGUUAGUAGAAGAGGGUUUCGUACAUGUCGUCCUGUGUUAUGUGUGGACGGUACCUUUUUAAAGACAAAAUACGGUGGGCAGAUGUUAUGUGCAGUCGCGCUGGAUGCAAAUAACCAUCUAUAUCCAGUUGCAUUUGGUAUUGUGGAUAGUGAGAAUCAUGAUUCUUGGAAGUAUUUCAUGUUAAAGCUAAAGGAAGCGAUUGGGGAAGUCGAGGACCUGGCGUUUGUAACUGACAGGCAUGCAAGUAUUACACAUGCCUUGGAAACUAUUUUCCCCGAUGCCUAUCACGGUGCUUGCUACCACCACAUUAGUAUGAAUGUGGUUGCUAAAUUUAAGACUGAUCAUUGUCAUGUGUUGAUGUAUAAUGCGACAUAUGCUUUUAGGAAAUUCGAGUUCCACGCUAACUUCGAAAAAAUCAAAUCAAAAGACCCAGCCAUUGCUCAAUAUCUAGAAGGCAUGGGUUUUGAUAAGUGGUUCUAUGCUUACUUUCCUGGAAAUAGCAAUUACGCUGAAAGUUUCAACAAUAAGACCCGGGACGCUAGGAGCUUUCCGAUAACUACAUUCGUUGAAUUUAUUCGCUUCACACUACAGUCCUGGUUCUGUGAUAGGAGAGAAACUAGCGAGAAGACAACUACAACUCUUGCACCGACCUAUGAGAAAAAUUUGGUGGAUAUGGCUAAGAAAGCUCGAUUCUUGAUUCCUUAUGCAAUAGGGAGGCAUGAGUUCCAUGUGUUAGAUGGUGAGCUGAAUGGUGAAGUCGACCUCUUGAAUAAGACAUGCACAUGCGGCAUGUUUCAGAUUAUUGAUAUCCCAUGUGCUCAUGCACUAUCUGGAUCCCUUAAUCGAGGGGUGAACUUUUAUUCGUUAUGUUCAGAUUACUAUAAAAUUGAGACAUGGAGGUCCUCUUACACAGAAUCUAUAUAUCCUACUGGUAACGAGGAAGAGUGGAUUGUUCCACAUGACAUUAUGACAAUAACAGUGAGAACACCUGCGCAGAAAAACCCGGUUGGUCAUCCAAAGAAGAAACAAGGUAGGCCUAAGACGAAACGCCAUCUUUCCAAUGGAGAUAAAUUGGUUGUUCCACGCAAGUACAGCACUUGUGGAGGUCUAGGCCAUAAUAGGGCAACUUGUAAAGUUCGUGUUUGA